UCUCUCUCCAUCCUCCUGUCUUUACCACCACCAGCCAUUGGCUUCGGCCAAGGCUGAUGAGACGUUCCCGAUCACCACCACCAUGGGCAUCCUCCCAGCAGCAUUCCCUGUCGCCGCAGCCGCCGCCGUCGUCGUCGCGGUGCUGUUCUUCUCCACCCUCGUUUCCUCGCCGUGCCUCGCUCUGACCAGCCACGAGGUGGCGGCCAUCACGCGGCGUCAGCUCGCCAACUUGGAGCGCCACGGCGACCACGUCCACAUCGGCAUCGACAUCAAGGUGAAGGUCAGCAACCCGCGCCUCGCCGCGGCGCACAGGGCGCUGCGCGCGCUCCGAGAGGCGCUCUACUCCGACCCGGGCAACUUCACCGGCAACUGGGCCGGCCCCGACGUGUGCUCCUACAACGGCGUGCGCUGCGUCCCGUCGCUGGACAACAGCUCGGCGAGCACCGUCGCGGCGCUCGACAUGAACGCCGCCGACGUCGCGGGCUACCUGCCCAGGGAGAUCGGCCUCCUGUCCGACCUCGCCGUGCUCCACCUCAACUCCAACCGCUUCUGCGGCGUCAUCCCGGAGGAGGUCAAGGACAUGGCGCAGCUCUACGAGCUCGACGUCAGCAACAACCGCCUCGUCGGGCCCUUCCCCGACGCGGUGCUCCGCGUGCCCAGGCUCAGCUACCUCGACAUCCGGUUCAACGGCUUCGAGGGCCCCAUCCCGCCGGAGCUCUUCCUCAAGCCCUACGACGCCAUCUUCCUCAACAACAACCGCUUCACGUCCGGCAUCCCGGACACCAUCGGCAGGUCGACGGCGUCGGUGAUCGUCCUCGCCAACAACGACCUCGGCGGCUGCAUCCCGGCCACCAUCGGCCAGGCUGCCGCGACGCUCGACCAGUUCGUCUUCAUCAACAACAGCCUCACCGGCUGCCUGCCCGUGGAGUCGGGGCUCCUCGCCAACGCGACGGUGUUCGACGUCAGCCACAACCUGCUUGCCGGCUCGAUCCCGACGACGCUCGACGGCCUGGCCAAGGUCGAGCAGCUCGACCUGUCGCACAACACGUUCACCGGGAUCGUGCCAGGCUCCGUCUGCGAGCUCCCGGCGUUGACGAACCUGUCGGUCUCGCACAACUUCCUCGCCGGGGAAGACGCCGGGUGCAACGCCUUGCUAGCCGCGAAACGCGACAAGUCAUUCGAGGACGAAGCGAACUGCAUGGGCGACACGAGGCCCAUGCAGAAGAGCUCCGGCGAGUGUGCCCCGGUCGUGAGCCAUCCGGUUGAUUGCGCCAUGACCAAGCCUUGUGGAUGGCCAGCCUCGUCGGAGAAGCUGGCACAUUCACCACCGCCGCCCAUAGCAUCUCCUCCUCCGGCGGCGCCACCGCCAACUCAUGAAGCGGUUAUCCUCCCGCCAAUAUAUACAUCAAAAUACCAAUCUCCGCCGCCACCGCAAUUCGCAGGAUACUGAGCAUUAGUUUGAGGCCAAGUGUGAAGUGCAUAUAUAGCAGUUGUUGUCCAACAUUAGCACAUGAUAAUUAAGUCGAAUGUAAUAUAAAGCUCAUACUUUUAACCACAUUGAGGGUGCCCAUUUACCAUUCCAAUUUUCCAUAGUUUUUGACUUGGUUUUGGUACUUAAGAAAUUUUGGGAGAUUUGCUCCGGUCCAAUAAAAAGUAUCUUGAGGUAUCAAAUCGUUUCCCACCAUUGAAUUUAGCU